UUUUAAAUCUAUUAAAAUUCAUGUCGAGAGUUUACUAAGAAUUUAAUGCACCGUGUUUUUAGUUUUUCUCUUUUUUUUUUGAAACCGGAAACACGGUUUAUGCAUCGCUGAUUCUAUAAAAGGGUGGUGCGGACUGUUUUUCAUUAUAUACCCGACCGGAAAUGCUGCAUCGUAAUGACCAUUUAAAGCCCCUAUAUUUUUAUAUUCAUUAUUCAUUUCCAUAAUUUUAAAAUAACCUGUUUCACAUACCAAGUUAGAAAAAAUGAGCAAAAUAGGCACACUUUUAUAACAAAAUUGACACACUUUUAAAAGAGAAUAAAAGAGAAAGAAGUAGAAUUCUUUAUUAAACCCGACCACUUUUUUGCACUCAUCUAAGUCUCUUUAAAUAGGAGAUAAUUAACGCUCAACUUGACAACAAUCAACAACUUUCUCAAAAACAAUUUGUCAACAUUUUCUUUUUCCCUGACAGCUUUAUUUUUUGUCAAUGUCUUAUUAUUAUCAAAAAAUGAAUUCGUCCAUUAUGUUAUUAUCCAAAUUAAAACCAUUUCAUUUAAUGAAAAGAGGAUUUCAUAUAACCCCGCCAAAAUUGGAUAAACCAAAAAAAUUUUCACCAUGCGAAAAAACCUUUUUAAUGGUUAAACCGGACGGGGUUCAACGAGGAAAAAUUGGCGCAAUCAUUUCGCGCUUUGAAGAGCGCGGAUUCAAAUUGGCCGGGAUUAAAAUAUUAUCAGCCAGCGAACAAAUCAUCAGAUCUCAUUACCACGAGCAUGUAGAUAAGAAAUUUUUUCCGGGAUUAUUGGAGUAUAUUAAAAGUGGCCCGGUAGUUCCAAUGAUUUGGGAGGGAAAAAACGUCGUCGAAGUAAGCCGCGCGAUGGUGGGCCAAACGCACCCGAUGAAAUCAAAUCCUGGGACAAUCCGGGGCGAUUUUUGUUUGGAUUUGGACCGAAACAUGAUUCACGGAUCGAGUGAUGUUCAAGCGGCCGACUACGAAGUUAAAACUUGGUUCAAACCGGGAGAAAUUCUUGAUUACGAUAUGAAUCAAUACCCUUGGGUUUAUUCCGAAUCGGAAAACUAGAAAAAAUCAAUAAAAUUGCUUAAGAUAGAAAA